CUUUUUUAUUUGACGCGAUUUAAGAAGAGCUACUGAAUCAGAAUUUUCCACACGCUGUUAUUUGCAAUUAUUUGCUGGAAAAACGCAUUAAAAUUAACAAACUUCCUUAAAAUUCAUUAAUAAAACAACAAUCAAACACAUAUACAAAGCACAGAGCUUAUAAUUUAAUAAAAAAUAAUCAAAAUAUGGGUUCCCACGAAAGAGAAUCGCGAUCUUCACCCCGUUCUGACGAAGCCGUUCAUGAUGGUGCUUCGCCGACGAAGAAAUCUCGUUCGGAUUCAGUUAUUGCAGACUCAUGCUGAUGUCAGGCAAAUCGGAACCGAAAGUACCUUUCAUAUCUCAACCUAUCUAUGAUUUAAAGCAAACUGGUGAUGUUAAAUUUGGCCCAGGUACGCGAUCGGCAUUGCUUGGUCUUUUGGGUGGUGCUCUGCCUAAAUUAUCCUCCGAACAACAUGAUACAGUUACCAAGGCGAAAAAAUAUGCCAUGGAGCAGAGUAUUAAGAUGGUACUUAUGAAACAGACAUUAGCACAUCAGCAACAACAAUUGGCAAGUCAAAGAACGCAAGUCCAAAGACAACAAGCGUUGGCGCUUAUGUGCAGAGUCUACGUAGGAAGCAUAUCAUUUGAAUUGAAAGAAGAUACUAUUCGUGCGGCUUUUCUUCCAUUUGGUCCUAUAAAAUCCAUAAAUAUGUCAUGGGAUCCAAUAACACAAAAGCACAAAGGAUUUGCCUUCGUCGAGUAUGAAAUUCCCGAAGGAGCACAAUUGGCUUUGGAACAAAUGAAUGGAGCCCUGAUGGGAGGUCGUAACAUAAAAGUUGGUCGUCCUAGCAACAUGCCACAAGCACAACAAGUAAUCGAUGAGAUUCAGGAAGAGGCAAAGAGUUACAACCGCAUCUAUGUGGCUUCCAUACAUCCAGAUCUAUCGGAGGAAGAUAUUAAGAGUGUUUUUGAAGCCUUUGGUCCGAUAUUGUAUUGCAAGCUGGCACAAGGAACAUCGUUGCACUCGCACAAGGGCUACGGCUUCAUUGAAUAUGCUAACAAACAGGCAAUGGAUGAAGCUAUUGCUAGUAUGAACCUAUUCGAUUUGGGAGGACAAUUGUUGAGAGUUGGACGUUCAAUUACUCCACCAAAUGCACUGAUGGGGCCAUCGACAAACUCAACAAUGCCCACGGCCGCAGCUGUAGCUGCCGCUGCUGCAACAGCGAAAAUCCAGGCACUAGACGCUGUGGCUAGUAAUGCAGUUUUGGGUCUGUCCACAACGCCGACUCUCUCCGCAAUUCCUCCAUUGGCAGCAGUCGUGCCAAAAGUCGCAUCUCUUCCGCUACCUACAGCUGCUGCUUUGCCACCACCUGGUAUUGCAGUUCCCGCCACAACUGGAUUCCCAGCACCCGUUGUAUUCCAAGCUCCUGCAGCUGUUGCACCUCCUGUUCUAGCACCGCCUGGUAUUAUAACCGUGACAACAGCAGUACCUACCAUAGCCACACCGGCGGCGGCUUUGAUUCAGUCAACAGUUGCGGUAAAUAAUUCCGAACAAAUCAAAAAAGCACAUGAAAAGCAACAAGAAGAACUUCAAAAGAAACUUAUGGAAGAAGGUGAAACACAAACUCUACAACAACAAGAGAACAUGUCCAUCAAAGGUCAGAGCGCCAGACAGUUGGUAAUGCAGCGCCUAAUGCGACCACAAGAAUCGAGAGUUAUUAUCCUGCGCAACAUGGUCGGUCCAGAAGAUGUUGAUGAAAGUCUCCAAGAGGAAAUUCAAGAAGAAUGUGCUAAAUUUGGUGUCGUUAGUCGCGUUAUAAUCUACAAAGAGAAACAAACAGAAAACGAGGAUGACGAUGACGCCGAAAUUAUUGUGAAAAUCUUCGUCGAAUUCUCCGCAUCGAGUGAAGCGAUACGAGGUCGUGAUGUUCUUCAUGGUCGCUUCUUUGCUGGCCGACGCGUUGUUGCACAACUCUAUGAUCAGGCAUUGUUUGAUCAUGGAGAUCUCUCCGGAUAAGUUAACUAACUCCCUUGUAUUUUAUUAACAAACACAAAAAAGUAUCUUAUAUUAUUUUAAAUAUAUAUUAUUUUAUUUUGUAGCUUCGUCGAUAGUCCACCCUAAAAAUUGUUUCCUUAUCUCUCCUAAUCACUGUUUAAAAUUUUCAGAUUCUAUUUUUAAGCUACUACUACUACUUGUCCACUCUCAAUUAUAUUAAUUUGGAAGUAAAAUAUGUAUUUGAUAAAUAUAUAUAUUAAACGGUUCUUAGUAGUUGUCAGAUCAAAAAAUAAAAUAAAGUGAAAUUAUUCAAUGUCUAGCAUAUUUAUUUAUUAUGCGCCAUAACAUUGUAUAAAUCGUGAUUAUGCUCAAUAAAUAACAUUACCAAUUUAAAAA